AAUGUCAAAUCAAUCACGCAUCACGCAAAACAAGCAGAUGUCACCUUAAUUUGUUAUUCUAUUUUACUGUAAUAACCCGUUUAAUUAGACUUUUGCAAUAAUUUAACUUAAUGUUUGAAUAUUAGAUAAGUUACAGUGUUUUUCGAGUUCAGUGCAUUCAAUUAAUAGUGAAAUGUCGAACGACAAAGAAGAGGCAGUGAACGGUGAAUCGUCGGCAGCGACCGAACAAACUGUUGAAAAACGCAUAGGCUGCGCUCAUUACAAGCGACGAGCGAAAUUCGUGACGCCAUGCUGCAACAAGCUAUACAUGUGCCGCUACUGCCACGACGAGAACGAACAACAUUACUUCAACCGAAAAAGUGUCACCGAGCUGAUAUGUACAGAAUGCGAUACCCGGCAGGCGGUGCAGGCCGAGUGCGUGAGCUGCGGCGUGCGCUUCGGGAAGUACACAUGCCUCAUAUGCAACCUAUUCGAUGACGAAGACAAGCGCCAGUACCACUGCGAGGGCUGCGGCAUCUGCCGCGUCGGCGGCCGCGACCGGUUCUUCCACUGCGAGCGAUGCAAUAUGUGUCUACCUAUGCAGCUACAGAGAGUGGGGCAUCGGUGCGUAGAGAACGUGUCCCGCUCCAACUGCCCCGUGUGCCUCGAGGACAUCCACACGUCCCGUAUCCCGUGCCACAUCCCCGACUGCGGACACCUGCUGCACCGGCCCUGCUUCGAGCAGCUCCUACACUCGGGACACUACGCCUGCCCCACGUGCCAGACCAGCAUGAUCGACAUGACCAACUUAUGGAGUUAUUUGGACUCGGAGGUGGCGGCGACGCCCAUGCCGCCCGAGUACGCGGACUACAAGGCCACUAUACUCUGUAAAGAUUGCCAUAAGCUGUCGACGGUGAAAUUUCACGUGGUCGGGCUGAAGUGUCAACACUGCGGGGCCUACAACACGUGUCAGACUAACGGCUUCCACAAAGAAUCAACGAGCGCGGAGUCUGGCGACUCGUCCUCGUCAUCGAGCCGGAGCGGCUCCUCGUCCGCGCAGGCGCCCGCGCCGCCUGCGCCUGCGCCUCCCGCGGCCGCGGGCUCCACCCCGCACGAGGGGGACGAGCUCCCCCAAGCCAACCCGCUGGACGAACCCCCGCAGGCCUGACCACACCCCGCACCUGUAGAUUAAGGUUUAUCUACAUUUGUGAUUCGAUUCCAAUAGAUGAUUGUUGCCAUUACAAUUAUACGUUUCUACAACGUUAACCCCUCGAGUCCCGAGCGUAGAGGACACCGAAAACUUUUACGUCCCGGGGGUUUUUGACUUCUCGUAAAUUUUAUAUGGACGUCGGCGACCCUCCGGAAGUUAAAUUCGAACAAAUAUAACGUUUUUGCCGUUCGCAUUAUUUCAACAUUGAACUUGACUGAAAGAACAACACGGAAGUCGUAAAUUAUUUAUAAAUACAAUUUGGAUAAGCUACUUCUAUGACAUUGUAUAAUUGGUUUGUUAAAAAAAAACCCGAAUCAUAUUUUUUUACCUUCUUUUCCAAAUCCAAUUAAUAUGCAGUCGCCAUCAAAUAUAUUGGAGCGGCCCAAGGUGCCUCAAAAACAUCCAAACACGCACUCUAACACCUUGACAAUAGAGUCGUGUUCAGAUAUUUGUGAGCGCCUUGGCCGCUCCAAUAUAUCUGAUAGCGACUGUACACUCACUAAACAUAAUAGUAACAAAAUGACAUAAUAGUCAUAUAAUUGGCAAAAUAAACUUCAAUAACGACGUCCAACAAAUCACUGUGAUUGAAUAGUUUAACAUUUCUACACCAAAUAAAAGUGACGAUAGUUUUUAAAAUUAAUAAGUCCAUCGACCAUGAUUGAUGCUAGCCACAAAUUAUUCAAAUAUAAUGACGAAUUUAUUAAUUUUUUAUUAAUAAAUAAAUAUACUUUAAAGCGAUGAAAAUAUUAAAACUUAAACACUAAUUUCUAAUAAUCUUUAGAAAUUCAAAAUAACCUAAGUAUUUAAGUAAACACUUUAUUGUACGCUAUUGCUCAAAUUUUAGUAAAAAUAUUAACCUCUUUCAAAGCAAUAAAUAGCUAGAAUUUCCACUGAUGUGUUUUGAAAGCAGGAAAUGGAUGAUUCCAUUAGAAAAAUCUUGCGUAUUUAUCACUAAGGUGUUUUCGGAUAAUGCCGUAUACUUCAGAGUAUUGGCCGUCCUUCCUAACUCCCAGAAACUUAAGUUUUAUUUUUUAAUUUCGAACCUUUUCUUAUUUAAUGAAAGUUACAAUUAAAUUUUGACAUAAAGCCUUUAUAAGGGCCUCUGGGACUCAGGAGGAUUGACGUUUUGACGCUUUUUACAUC